GGAAAGCACAUGUAUACAUGUCAUUAAACAGGAACUUGACGUAUAGAUAUGCGAGGUUAUGGCAAACUUAAGAGAUCUACGCGAAGAAAUAAAGGAAGUUCAGAGAGACAGAGAGUUUAAUCUUCGGUGUAAGAUAUCAUCAUCGCAAUAUCAAAUACUGGAAUGUGUCAGGGCCAAAAAUGUGGAUAAGCUUAAGUCUAUUAUCAACAAAGGAGAAAGUCCAAACUUCAGAACUGAUUCGGGAGACACAUUACUGCAUAUUGUGGCUGCCAUGGGAUACAGUAAAGCUGCCAAUGAAAUUUUGAGGACACUUGUGUAUUUGGAUAUGCCCCUUGAUACUGCUGACAGGUUUGGACAGACUCCUCUCCACAUUGCUGCUGAGAGAAGUUUAGAAAUGGUGAAAGUUUUAUUAGAAGCAGGGGCAUCUGUGAAUCUUGAAGACAAUGCAGGAAGAACAGCUUUGAUGCAUGUCUGUUCGUGUUCUAGUGAGGAAGCUCUGCCCAUUGUCCACUGUUUACUGGACAGAAAUGCUAACAUCUUUUACCAGGAUCAGGACGGACACACAGCUUUACAUUGCUUAUGUUUGUCAAGACAAAAGAUGGCAGUAAAAGUAGAAAUAGCCUACAAGCUGUUGUAUGCUGGACUAUCAGCCACUGUUCCUGAUAAAACAGGAAAGAUGGCACUGUGUCAUGAGUUAUCUUCAGCCCUGAAGCCAAGAUUCAAGAAUCCCAAAGCCCAGCAAACAACCCUACUCAUCAGAAUACUAGUGAAGGCAGGCUCAAAUUUUAACCCUAAAAGCAACCAGCACAAAGCAUUCGUAAAACAUGUCUUAAAUUUGUACAGCGACUCUUACCAUCUUCAUAUUCUGAACGAAUUCGAGCCAGUUCUCUCCCUAACAGCUGUACACAAACUUUUACCCAUAAUCCCUAAAGACGAUGAAAAUUAUCAACAGCUUGUGAAGAUGUUGAGAAGGUUGUCACACGGAAUUCAGACACUGAAAUUCAUGUGUAGAAAUGCAUUAAGGACAGAGCUGAAAGGAAAAGUGUUGAUCAAAGUGGAUUAUCUCCCUUUGCCGAGGACGUUAAAGCAAUAUGUAUUGUUAGAAGAUGAGUCCUAAUGUUUUAAGUUAUUGUUCAAGGUAUGAAGUAGUAAUUAACUUUUUCUAUGAGUAUAUUGUUCUGACAAAUAAAUUGGUUGAAAUACAA